GAGGUUACGGCUAAGUACAGGAACAGUCCCCGCGUCUGCCUCCUCGGGCCUGAAUGAUGAAGAUGGACUCGAAGAGUCUUCCUCCAUCUCGGACCUUCAGGUCGUGGCUUCUGAUAUCGCUCCUUGCCCUCAGCGCCCUCGUUUUCUUCGUGAUGAACGUGUCGCUGAUCAUCACUCCCUUGCAAAAGCCUCCCCGCCAUGCAAGGCCCGAACCAGGCCCCAGAAGUUCCACUCCGGAGCCGCAUGACCCCGAGAUGGACGACCUGAAGCAGCUCCUCUUGUGGCCGAGCCCGCCCGCCACGUCCUCGUUCAACUUCGAGUCGUCCACCAGCCCCGCGACCACGAGCUACCGGCUGCUGGGUGGGACACGCAACUUCACGGUGGGUGACACGCUGCACCUCAGCGUGCAGGCCAGGGACCACCACGGCAGGGACAAGCGGCACGGCGGAGACUACUUCCGCAUUAAGGUACAUUCACCAAGGCUCCGAGCCGGUGCAUUCGGCUCGGUGCUGGACCACGACAACGGCUCGUACACGGCGAGCGUUGUGCUGCCGUGGCCCGGCGAGGCCCUUGUGGAAAUCAAACUGGUUCACUCCAGUGAGGCCGUGCACAUCAUCAGCCGCCUCCGUGACUCGGUGCCCAACAAGAUCUUAUUUACCGGCUACUUCGAGAAGGAAGGAGCGAGAGGCGAGGCCACCGAGUGCAACGCGGUGCCGCGCUUAAUGAUGAAGUCCAGGAUGUGCGAGUACAGGGACGCGGCGACAGGACACAUGUGGUUCUGCAAGAAGCCCAGGAAGCUGCCCUGCGACUCCCUGCGAUUUCACUCGAACAGAGGACGCAGCAACAUUCUCACAAAAGAUGAGGAGCGGUUUUUAAGCAACAAAGUCUCAAAGGUGAGAAUCAGCGGAGAUCCAAGUCAAAUCAAGGUGUUGUCGUCGUCAUCACUGCACAACCUCAUGGCCAGCCUUGGGCCGUGCAUGCCAGGCCACCCCAUGCCCUCUCUGAGUGGCUUCUACCUCAACGAUGAGUGGGUAUCACUGUCCUGCAGAACACGGCUCUUCCCGUCUCCUCAAGACCUAGCCAAGUGUCUGCGCGGAAAGAGGCUCUACAUGUACGGGGACUCCACCAUCCGCCAGUGGUUCCUGCACCUCACCGCCCACGUGCCAGACAUGAAGUUCAUCGACAUCAACGCCCCGACGCUGCUGGGCCCGCUCAUGUCGGUGAGCAUGGCCGCCAAGACGUUCCUGCUUUACCGCUCACAGGGCCUCCCCUUCCUCACGCCGCACGGGCCCGUGGCAGCCCUGCACUACGUGGCCAACGAGAUCGACGGCCUAACUGGUGGGAAGGACACGGUGGUGGGGAUCAGCGUGUGGGCUCACUUCACGGGGUUCCCAGUGUCUCUCUACAUCGCUCGCAUGAGGGGCAUUCGCGCCGCGGUCGUCCGCCUGCUGAAGCGAGCCCCCGGGACGCUGGUCGUCUUUAAGUCAGCCAACAUCAGCUACCACUCGGUCUACCAGUCCGAUUGGCUCUCCCUUCAACUGGACCUCAUCAUGCGCCGUCUCAUGGCGGGGUUGCCUGUUGUUAUUUUAGAUGCCUGGGAAAUGACGGCGGCCCACCGUCUCCCGGACAACAUGCACCCUGAACCCGUCAUCAUCCACAACGAGGUCAAGCUCCUCCUGGCCUACGUGUGUCCCCAGUAGGGUUGAAGAUUGUCUCGCAAUGAAAAAAUAGGGGAAAGUUUCAAUGCAUUUGUCUUGAGUGGUAUAUUAGGAGGGUCAGUAUGAAAGUAUAGGCGCAUCUGGCUUAAUGAGCAAGAUACAUUCCGCAAAAAUUGCUCGGUAAGCGAAUACUCGUUAAAUGAUCAUCAUUUUCAUAUUGACUUUUAUGUUAAAAGCUGAGUUAUGUUUCAUCCCUAAAACAUUCUACUUUUGAAAAAAAAAAUUUACGUGAAAAAUAACUGAAUAAUUUUCAAAUAAUGUAAUAUAUCAAAUAUAAUACUUACAAGGGGGUCCCCAAUAUACGUCGCCACAAUAUACGUUAUUUCACACUCACGUUGUUGACUUUUUGAGGAAACCAACAUAAAAGAUCCCCGCAAGUGCGUCGUCGUUUUCGACUCGAGCUCAGCUUGGUAUAGAAAAACGUAGAACUCGCAUUUCACGCGCGCGCCGCCGCCAUCUUAGCAUCCAUCUGCAGAAUCCAUUCUGCCGCUUCUCAGUCCCAUCGUGUUCUCUCACGUUGUGCGGAUCGAGAGCUCAUUGUAAUUGGCAUAAUGCUCUCACAACACCUUGUCCAAUCAAGCCAAUCAAGCACAAAUCAUCCACUCAUAAGAUAAGAUCAUAAAAAUUAUAGGUUAAGGUACAAUCUUUUUUAAAAAUGCUGUUAAAGGUUCCGUGCUUUUUUACACUAAAAUUUCUUUCUGUUUGAGUCAUGGCUGAAAAAUGUCAGAAACACGUUUUGUAUGGAAAAAAAAAGUUUUAACGUGUAUAGGGCUUCUUUCAAAUAUCCACAAAAAUAGAUAUGCGUUUGAUACGUAUACAUGCUGUUUAAAAUGUCCUGUAUAAUACUGUGCAUGGACAGUACGUAAAUCGGUUGCUAGGUAUGAAACACAUUUCCCUAAGUUACCGUCCCUAUUCCUACCGUAUUACAUUGUUUAUGGGAGAAAUUGCUCCGCUUUUCGUCGCAUAGGAAAUGUUUGCUCUCUUAAGGUCCCCCCCGCCCCCAUUUCCUAUUAUUAUUUUUUUGGGGAAAAUUUCCCGUCGGACAUCGUUUCGUUAUAACUAAUUUAAGGCGGAGUCGACCUAGGGGGGAGGCCAAGGACCGGUUCAGAUAAUCAAACUCGGUUUGUAUCCAGGUUCAUAGUGCAGCGAUAACCACUACAAUACCGCUACAAUACCGCUACACACACGUGCACGCAACAGACACACACAGUCACACGUUCUCACACACAAAGACAACAA